AUGUCAUUCCCUCACCUUUGGACACCGUCUCUUGAACCUAGAACUGUAGUUCAUUCUUGGUACAGGCAUGCCAUGGUGAAUGAAGCAGUUGCCUUGGAUAAAGAAGAGGAGGAGUAUGAAGCUCAAGUAUUACUUCUACUGCAACUUUAUGCACUAAUACUGUUAACACAACCUCUUACUGAAGAACAGCCGUCUGACUUCUUGUCACCCGAAAGAGACCCUACUAGGGACAUAGAAUCAUCCGAACUUGCGGUCUUUCAAGCAAUGGGAGCUGAAGAUUAUAGCAGAG